CGAAUGCUAAUUCGCCUGAGAGAACGCACGAAGCCACCUAUCUACGCACGCCCGGUCGACCACUUUCAAACGGCCUUUCCAAAGAACCGAGUCUUCCCGGCAGCACCCGAGCAAACGGGCCAGGGAAGGCCGAGCGCCUUGGAACACCACGGCAUUUCUAUGCUUCCACAGCUGCCAACAGCAAAGGAGGGUGAAGGAGGCGUGGGCAACAUCACCAGUCACCCCCCGCACGUCCAGGGCCUGAAGCGCUCCAACAUGGUAGCUCUUCCCGACCACCUCAACGCCCACGACCAGCCAGAACGAGCGGGCAAAGGAACAAUCGAAGAUAAGAAAUUGGAGCACCAUAUGCAAGCAGGCAGAGGAGCAUAUUUACAGAGGGGUGCUUCUUCUCACCGGCAGCAACAUGAGCAGGGGAGCUACGGGAGGAGGAUCAGCAACUUGCACAAGAGCAGGCCCGCUGGGAGCUUGAGGACGAGCUUGAGGUCGAGGCCUGCUGGGAGCUCCAGCUCCAGGCGCUCAAGACGCAGGCGCGCGCAGGUCCUGGACGGCGGGAAGGGAUAGCGGCGGCGCAGGCCCUGGGUGGCGGGAGGGGAUACCAGAAGCGCAGCCCUGGGCUGGCGGGAGGGGUCACCGCGGGAGGGGAUAACGGCGGUGCAGCGCCAUUCAGUUGUGGAGCCGCCGCCCAUCGAGGUGAUCGCCGCGGAGGAGUAGGUGGCCGGCAGGUGGCGCAACUCGUCUCCGUGCGGGCGGCACAGGUGGGCAGGGGCAGCGAAGGUUCGCGCGGUGGCGCAGGUUGGCCGUCGUCGCGCGCUGGUCCCUGUGGGUGACGACGGUGGCUGGGGCGACCACGGUGCGCGCGGACGACGACGGAAGGAGGAAGAAGCGGAGGGGGCUGAUUAGCAUAAGUUUAAAAGAUGAAGGGUUUUUUGGAAAAUUGUAAAUGAACUAAGGUGUGGACAUCUUUUCCGAGACGAAGGGAGUAAGUGUUAAACCUAAAAUCUAAAAAGUGCAUACGCAC